CAUUUUCCCUAACCAACACCCAUCUUCGCCCGAAAAAAAACUUUUCAGAUUUCUUCUGUCCGACACGGUGUGCGCGAGUGAAAAGAGCAAAAGCUCGCCCUUUCAUUACAGUUUCUGUGAGCAAUCAUUACCACUAUGGCUACGUCGUCAGGUAAAAAGGGGAAGAAGGUUUCCAAAAAGAACAAGCUCUCGCUCGGAGAGUUUUUGACCGACGGAAAUGCGACACCGGUGUCCCAAAUCCAGGUCGCCGUUCCGGUCAAGUUGAGCAACUGGGCCGAUGAAUGUGACGACGAGGAGGACGAUCGUCCGGUUCGCACCCAACUGAUUGCGCUUCCCACGGCUCCUCGGGCCACUCGGCUGCUGAAUGAUGAUACCAUUCCGCACACGCCGCCCUAUCUGGCGUACAUUUCCAACCUUCCGUACGAUCUGAGCGACAAUGAUUUGUAUGACUUUUUCGAGGACAUGGAAAUCGUUUCGUUGCGGUUACCUCGCGAUGACGGGGAAAACGGGCGGCUGCGAGGUUUCGGCAACAUUGAGUUUUCCCGCCGAGAGGAUCUGAUAGCCGCUUUGUCAAUCCCGGAGCCGGUGAUUCAUGGUCGACGCAUUCGAAUCGAUAUUUCGAGUGAGAGCGAACAAAAGCGACAACGCAACAACCGUGGAUAUGACAACUACGGGGGCGAUGAUCGUCCCCAAGGCAACUGGCGUGAUGGUCCACGAUCCCAAAUGGGCGAACGGGAAGGUGGACGUCGCAACUAUAGUAACUACAAUCGCGACGGUGGGGAUCGUAGAGAUCGUGAUGGCGAUCGGGAGCGCUACCCCAACGAUUCCGGAUCUGGCGGAAAUUGGCGUCAAGGAGAUCGUCCCGUGCAACCCCUGCCUUCCCCGCCACCAAAUCGUCGAGGUUACGGAGGAGAUCGUGGUUUCCGGCGUGGUGCCGAUCGUUCCGGAGAUCGGAGCGGCCGACGAGAGAUGGAACCUCCAAUGGAACGGCCCAAGCUGAAUUUGCAGCCACGAACAUUGCCAAUGCCGGAGGUCAAGAAACUUGAAACAGAAUCUGACCGUGACAGCAGUGUCGAACGGAGAGACACUGAAGACAAAGAAAAUCAGGACGAACAAAUUGCUCCCCGUCCCAAACCCACUCCGGUUCCAUCGGCUCAGAUCUUUGGUGACGCCAAACCGGUUGACACGGCUGCCAAGCUGAAGGAGUUCGAAGAACGCAUGGCAGAGAAGAAACGCUUGGAAAAGGAGGAACGAUUGCGGAAAAAGGCCGAGGCAGAAGCGGCCGCAGCAGCAGCAGACGCAGAAAAAGAUCCCAAGGACGAAGGCGAAGAAAAGUCAGAUCCCACCAAGGAAGAAAGUGAAGAACAUUCCGGCGGUGAGGGUGGCAAAGUUGAAUCUAAAUCCACAGCAGAAGUUUCCAACUGGAGAGUGCGCACCGACAACAAUGACAACAAAGACGCUGGUCGGAGUCAGUCACCUUCCCGAAGGUUCACCAAGCGAAAUGAUGAUUAUUCCAACUUCUCAGACGGUCGGGAUAGGUACCGCGGUGGUGACAAUCGCAACGCGAGAGAUAACAGACGUGACUUUAACCGACAAAACGAUCGCAGCGAUCGUGGUGGCGGUUUUCGGGAUCGGGACAUGAAUCGUGGUGGAGGAGGUCGCGAUAACCGCGACAAUCGGGACAACUACCGGAGGGGUCCCGGUGGCAAUGAUCGGCCAUACGACAGGGAUCAGCCGCCGCGGGGAGAGCAACGGGAACGCGACGAAAAACCAAUUGAAGAGCGGAUGCCAAAAUUCCAGGAGCCUACCGGACCGAAAUUGUCUAUGACGAACACAUUCGAAGGACUGUCUGCAGAUGAGGUUGAUGAUUAAAAAACAAGAUAAACAAACCCAUUUUAGCACUGAAGCUGAAUCAAACGCGAACACAAGUGGAUGUAGUAUUGCAUCUCAAAAGGGAAAAGGCAAAGUAAUUCUCGGAUUUUUUUUUUCGUUGAACGACGAGGGUGGAAGUGAGAAACACAAGUAAGCUAUAAUUGGAUCAGGACGUACCAAAAAACACGGAAAGCAUCUCGAAACGGUUAAACGUUGGAUGCGGCGUGGAUUUAUUUUCGUUUUAAACCAUACCACACAUAGAUAAGGGUUAUCCGGGAAGUGGCUCUGAAGAGCAAAUAUUCGGUGGAGUGGAUGCUAGGAGGACGGCCAGCGCGCGGAAAAACGCGAUCAUAGCUUAAGUAACAUAUUAUUGUAGGGUUCGAUAUGAUCAAAAUACUGCCCCCGGGAAAAAGUUAGCCGGGCGAUGAAAAUGCUUCGAAAUGUUGACAGGGCGAUACAAUUCAAGCGAUUUUGCUAGGGCAAUGUAUUGAUUGGGUUAAGUUUAUCUUUUUCUUCGUUUUUAUUUUAAUGUGGGCUGCCUACCCCGGGAGUGGUCCGAGCAUUUUCAUCGCCCGAUUUACGUUCUGCAAUUCGAUCCCGCGCGGGAGAGUGAGAAUACCAAUUAUAAUACAUAAAUCGAUAUAAGAGUGUGGCAGAAGCAUUGUCUGUAAUAUAUUGAAAUAUCCAUGUAAUUGUACUACUAUCAAUGAACGACUGACUACCUUCAGUCAGACGGAGGGCGAUAAAUAAUGCUAGAAAUGUUGCAAAAUUAUGAAAUAUCAGUUUUGGUGAUGUGAGAAUGACUGUAGUGAAUGAAGAAUUUUAUACAAACAAAAAGGAAACUCGGCGUUUGAUUCCAAUAUGAUCGCAUUGCUUGAAUAGCGUUUGGUGGAUAAUUGGAUAAAAAAAAGUGUUGGGCGAGUUGAGCACCAGCGAAAGUAAUUUGAAAAGGAACAGUCUGGAUGGCAUCCACACACACAGACACAUUUUGAUAAGAUAAUUUACACGGCGCUGCAGCUUUAUGCAGCGAGGGGUUCGAGUGGUUCUGCCAGCAACUCAAUACUCGUUUAAGAAUCAUACCUUCUAUUAAUUGAUAAAGGAUAAAUAAUAAUACACGACACACAGUCCUCACACAUUCUCUCGAAGCGAUUGUUCUGCAAAAGCUCUUUCGUUUGCCCCUUCCUGAAAUCGAGAGCAAGAGCUAGCAGUAGAAGAAAAAAACCCAAAAAGUAACGUUGAAUUUCUUAAUCGGUGUGUUCGCGUUCAGGUGAAAGCUGUUUGUGGGAAUGACAAAACAAAAAUAUGAUAAGAGAACAAGAAAUUAAAACUUAAAACCAGAAAGUAAUAUUCUAUGUUUGUGUGCGCGUGUGAUUUUUACUAUCAAUAGUGGAAGUGAGAGAAAUGAUUCCAUAAUGCGCUUAUUGUUUUGUAGAUUUAUUUGCCGGUUUGCUUUUCUAAUGAUUCAAUUUGUAGAAUUCGGUUUGUUCUAAUCUGUUUAUUUUUUUAUAGACACAAAGUAUAUCCUCGUUUUUUGUUAAGUCUCUCCUGCGGGGAGGGAUUCUUAAAAUUAAAAGCGUUUGUUGGAAAUUGCAUAUUUUUAAAAACGACGUCUACGAAACAGCAUUUGCCGUUGUGUUCCCGAUAAUUAUGCAAAUCAUUCAACACCUAUCAUUUUCUGCUUUAUAUUUGAAUACACAUACCUAUUGAUCGCACCUUUUUUUAAAUAGAUAAUCAAUUGUCAGACGAUGAAAAAAAAAUAGUUAAUUUAACGUUAAAGUCGGAAGUCAAUCGUGAAGACAGAAAUAUAGACUUACACACAUGUUGUUGUCAUAAUCUGCUAUCAAAACAAACAAAAACAUAAAAAAUGCUCCUAUAAUUUCAUAAUUUUGUAAUAGGCAAUUUCUUCGUGGUAGGAGUUUCUCGGUAUAAAUCGAACAGGCAGAAAGGAAUUACAUAUAUCUAUGUAGCAGCUGCACUACUAUACAGGGCAGUGAUGGAGGUUGGAAUGGAAACAUAAGGCUUCAUACACAAGAUAUAAAGGCAUCCAUCUAAAGCUA